UCGUAAACAUAACCUAGCUUAUUAAGGGUUUGAUGAAACAAUAUUUUAUAUUUAAGAAAAAUAAGCAAAAUAGAUACAUUUUUGUCGGAAAAUGGCUAGUGGCCGUGAAAGACGAACAAAUGCGGGAAACCGCAUGGCAAAAUUAUUAGACGAAGAAGAAGAAUGUCAGGACGAGUUUUAUAAACAAAACUAUGGUGGCUUUGAAGAGACUGAAUCUGAUCAUGAAUAUGAGGCUGAAAGGGAAGAAGAAGAUGUAGUGGACUCAGAUUUUAGUAUAGAUGAAAAUGAUGAGCCUGUAUCGGAUAAUGAAGAAGAAGGAAAAGAGAAAAAAAAACGUAGGCUUGUUACAAAGGCUUACAGGGAACCAAUUCCAGAAAAGAAGCAGACAAAACCUAGGCAAAAAGUUGUAAGAACAUCUUUAUCUAAAGUAAAGUCACCAAAUUCUUCACAAUACAAUGAACAGAUUGAGAGAAAUAUAAGAAAAUCAACUGUUGCAAAGUCUGCAGCAACUGCUCAGAGAAUAAAAGUUAGAGAUUUGGAACAAAAGAAAAAGGUGAAAAAACCAAAGGAAGAAGAAUGGAUUCCAACCCAAGAAGAACUAUUAGAAGAAGCAAAAAUAACAGAAAUAGAAAAUUUGAAGUCAUUAGAAAAGUAUCAAAAAAUGGAAAAUGAAAAGAAAACAAAGAGGACAGAUAAAAAGGUGUACUCUGGGCCAAUUAUCCAAUAUAAAUCUACCAAAAUGCCAGUAUUGGAACAAUCUGGUGGUGUUAAAAUAAAAUUAGAAAAUGACAAAAGUAGUGAAUCAUGUGAAAGAACUUUCAUAACAAUCUUAAAUGACCCAUAUGAUGUUGUUUUUAAAAAGACAUUCAAUGUUAAACCACCACUUGCACGCCCAAAGACAUUAAGGUGUGCAGUAACAGGUCGUCCCGCAAGAUAUAUUGAUCCAGUCACUUGUGUGCCCUAUCACAACAGCAGCUGUUUGAAAAUUAUCAGAUCAGCUUAUGCUCAGCAACUUGAAGUCCAUGGUGAUAGGAGUAAUCCAGUUGUUUCUGAAUGGCUUAACUGGUACUCUAAAAAUAAAGAUAGACUGCAUAAAGAAAUGUUACUAAAGAUUAAAGCGCAAAUGAGUAAAAGAUAAUUUGUACUUGCAUUAAAAACAUUUACAUAUUUUAAUUUUAAGUAAUAAAGUAUGUUUUGAGAUCAACCUAGAAUAAUAUCUGAAAUACUUUUGUUUUAAAAGGAUGUGAAAUAAAAUAUUAAUUAACAUUGA